AUGAGGGUGAAGCAGAUUCACUGCGUGGUUUUUGAGAUUUUCACCCUUAUUAUGGUGGUCUUUUACAUAUGUGAAGAAAUUAAUCAAAUGAGAUUGUAAGUAUGCAAUUCUAGUGAGUGUAAAAUCAGGUUAGAACACCAUUUUCUGCCAAAGCUCAGGACAUUUUACCAUUAGCAAGUGUUCAUGUAGGUUAAUAUAGAUUAGGGAAGACUUGUUAGUAGUUUAGAGGUGGAAUUAAUUACUACACAACCAAGUUUGAGCGUUUGCCCUUUGUCAGAUUGAGUAGAGGUGAUGGAAUUGUUAGGUCAUGGUAAGGUCAUGGUAAGGUUAAAAACAUAAGAAUGAAUUAAUUAAAUGAAGAGUGUUCUUUGCAAACCUUGAAUCUGUCUGAUUUCCCUUAGAGAGGGGAAGUCGUACUUCACAGAAUGGAUGACCCUGUUUGACUGGUCAGGCCUGUUGCUGAUCCUGUGUAUUAUACCCUCACGGUACACACAAAGUAAAGCUCAGUGGCUUGUGGCAUCUUUAGCUUUCUUGUUCAACUUCCUGAGGAUCUUUAAGUUUUCUUGCUUGACAAGGUAAACUGCAUCAUAAGCUACGUUUGAUAGGUUUGAGAGAAUGUCAGCAAAUUAGAACAAGAAAAUCAUAUCUGUGAAACUUACUCACACGGUUGGCUUAGGUUUGGAUUUUGGUUAACAAGCCUAAUUUGUAAUUAGUGCAACCCCACCGUCUUGGCACCUUCAUGAUGGAAAUUUGGAAAUUUUUAAAACGUCUCAACGAAAAAAAGGUACAGAAUAGAAAAAUUAAAAAAAGCGUCCAAGGAGAGGAGACAGACGGGAGUAAUGGAAUUAAAAGAAUAAAGAAGAUGGGAAAUUUUGUUAAAAAAGCCAAAUGCUUUACAUGGAGCCGACGCAUGGUAACGUGUCGACCCCCCCUGAAAUUUUAUUAGAAGACUGUUGAAAACUGUUAUAUUCUUAUUUAGUAUAAUUCGAACAUCAUUAUGUAUCACAUAACUUGUGUCCUUAAUGUAAUAGAACCGUGUAUAUUUUUUUUUCAGGACAACCGGAUUAUACGCAAAAACCUUGGCUAAGAUCAUUUUGCACGAUGUGACAAGAUCCAUGGCGGUUUUUACUGUUAUCUUUUUCUCCUUCUGUGGUGCUCUGUCUUUAUCGCUCUGUUACUCCGAUGAAAACCAACAGUUUAGGUAUGUCUUAAUCUUGCUUGCUUAAAUGCUACUGAAUAAAUGUGUUGAAUUAUUUGGUUGGCUGAUGUUUACUCUGCACUAUCUGCGAAUUUUAGUUGGAUGAAAUGUAUAUGAUAACACCUGAAGUGAUAUGAAAUUUCUGUUAAUGUGUUGCAGAUCAGUCUGUGUUACAGUCCAUGCUAAAUCCAUUUUUUUUACAUUAGUGACUUCGGAGAUGUGUUAUUGAGUGGCUUUCGCGCGCUCUCUGAACAAAGACCAAUUGCUUACGAUUAUUCAAAUUUCAAGUGAGUUGAUUUCUCUCUAAAAGGUCGAAUAUGUUUUUACUCCGUUUACUUGUUCAGAUCUCUUUACCUUAAGAUGAGUUUAUUUCCACUAAGAUAAUAGGUGAAACUAACCACGUAAGAGCAUUUGAUUUAUUCCUUGUAGCUGGCUCUCCAUUCUGCUAAUGAUGGCCUACAUGGGGAUCGUGAUAGUGAUUCUACUCAACAUUCUCAUUGCACAAAUGAGUACGACCUACACACAGGCCAAGAAAGUCGCCCGUCUGGAAUAUGAUGUGGAUCGUAUUCUACAACUCACACGCAUGGAGAGAUUUCCUUUUCUGGUAAAUGAACAUUCUUCGCUAAUGGAAUUGUAGCAUUUUAUCAUUAAGCGUGCACCGGUGUUCGCGAUUGACGCUAAGUGGCAGCGUGCAUUAGCGCCAUACGUGACUGUGAGCGUGAGGAGAAGAACGUACCGUUAGGGUAGGAGGGGGCUUAGGUAUAGUUGUAUUCUUCUGCAAUUGAGGGGUGGCCUCAUAGACUUAAUUACUUUUACAUCUUUUCUUUAUGCAGAAUCUGCGCGUGAAGUAUUACAAAGAGGGAGACUGGAUCAGUGAAAUGAAACUCGCCCAAGGUCUGCGUGAAGUAUUUAACCAGGACUACUUUCACGAUAAUUUCUAUGCGUAGCAAUCGGGAAAAACAGUUUUUUUUAAGUCUUGUAUCCUAUUUGUACUUCUCUGAACGAAGGGAGAUGAAGAAGACCUUCGGCUCAGUUGAUACUCAGUUAUAAUAGAAAAGGAGUAAUCUUUCUCAUGCCUUAAUAGCUGUAAGGUUCUUUAUGUUCUUAAAUUUGAUCUUGGUUUGUUUGUAGAUCUUCUUGAAUUCAGUGAAGAUCGCAACCCUUGGGAGUCGGUGGAAGAGAAACUUACUGCGAUUCGGUAA